AUGGUCACUUGCAGACGUGGAAGUAGGGGUGCGGUGUUGCGGAAGGGGCAGUGCAGGCACUUACUGCAGAGCAUAGGGAGGGGGCAUAUAAAGAGAAGAGGAGGUGCGGAGGAGUACAGCAGAGCGGAGGGAGGGGGCAUUACAGAAAAGGACAGUGCGCUGCGUGGGUAUACUGCAGAGGAGAGGUGUAUGGUGUUGGGGAAGGCGCAGAACGAAGAGGUGCUGCAGAGCGGAGGGAGAGGGACCGGUGUUGGGGGAAGGGUUGGAAUGAGACGAGAUACAGUUAGAAAGAGUGGGUCAGGAGUGGCGUCAAGAUGUUCUGCUGCUUUGCUGGCAGAGGGCUUAUGUGGGAUUGAGGUGGUCAGGCUGUCCAGUCCACCAAAGCACAUGCGCGCUGAGCGCCUGCGGUUGCCCUCACGCCUCUGGUUGAUGUGCAUGCGCACUACCGAGUUGCGGCCCCUUCUCGGCUUUCCAGAAAAAUGGAUAGUAGAAAUGACUCCGAUUAUAAGACGACCCCAUUCCAGUUGCAUAAUUUCCUGCCUAACCUGUUUCAGUCCUCCCCUGAAUGGUGGAGGAGGAGUGUGUAGGGCCCUCUGGGAGCCUGGGCUUCACUUCCCUCCAGAUGUACAGGCUGAGGCAACAGAAGAAGAUAGUGUCUUGCUGAUGCAUACCCUCUUGUCAUCAACCAAGGACCUACUGGCUAUGGACCCACCAGUUGCCAACCGGCCUAAGAAAAGCAAGACCAAGAAGGCCCCUAUUAAGGCUAUCACUAAGACAGUACGCACUGCCCCUCCAGUUCCAUCUGCCAAUGUGAUUACCACCAACAAGCCUAAAAUAACUUUUCUGGCUUUAAACCUGCCAAUCAUCCCCCAGAUCAACCAGGCUUCAGCUACCACUGAGGUAGUCAAUACUCAGGCUUCUUCAUUCACCGCUCAGCCUAAGAAAGCCAACAACAGAGUUACUGCUAAGGCAGCCCGAGGCUCCCAAUUUCCAACUGGCAGUGAGAGUGUUACUACACAGAUCAAGUUACCCUUGUAGGCCCUAAAUGUGCCAGUCAUCCCACAGACUAUCCAGGCUCCGAUUGCCACUGAGUCAGCCAAUUCUCAAGCCUUGUUAGCCUCCAUCAAGCCUAAGAAAGCUCCCAAGGCUAAGAAGGCUAACAAUAAGGCCAUAGCUAGUGCCACUGAGAUCUCACUGGCUCCAUCCACCACCUACUCAGCUACCAUCCAAGGCCAAAUUACCUCCAUCCGAACUAAGAAAACCUCCAAAGCCAAGAAAGCAACUGUUAAGGACACAAAUACUGACACUGAACUCCUAGAGACCCCAGAUGCCACUGAGACAGCUACCAGGCAGAUUGAGGCCUCAGCAGCAGCUAUCUGGCCCAAAAAAUCCAAAGUCAAGAAGGCUGCCUAUAAGGGCCCAAAUUCUGCCUGUGAGAUCUCUGAGGCCCCACCUGCCAGUCAAAUGGUCACAAAACAAGCCCUAGCAGCCACCCUCCGGGUCAAGAUUGCCACUAAAGCCCGGACAACUGAAAGCCAGACUCAAAUUGACAAAGGGGCCCAGGCCAAGAUGACUACCCCUCAGAUCAAUAUAAGUGCCCUUGAGACUCAGGUUGUUGCUGCUGUCCAGGCCCUGGCAGAUGACUACCUGGCUCAGUUGAGUCUGGAGCCCACAACCAGGACCCGGGGCAAGAGGAACCGAAAGUCCAAGCAUCUGAAUGGGGAUGAGAGAGGUGGUGGUAAUUAUAGGUGGAUUCCAUGGUGCCAGAGGCCUCCGCUAUCCCGAGAUGUGGCCAUUUUGCAAGAAAGGGCAAAUAAGUUGGUGAAAUACCUGUUGGUUAAGGACCAGACAAAGAUCCCCAUCAAGCGCUCAGACAUGCUGAAGGAUGUCAUCCAAGAAUAUGAUGAAUAUUUCCCAGAGAUCAUUGAACGAGCAAGCUAUGCUCUGGAGAAGAUGUUUCGAGUCAAUCUGAAGGAAAUUGAUAAACAAAGUAGCUUGUAUAUUCUCAUCAGCAUUCAGGAAUCCUCUGCAGGCAUCCUGGGAACGACCAAGGACACACCCAAACUAGAUCUUCUCAUGGUGAUUCUGAGUGUCAUUUUUAUGAAUGGCAACAAGGCCAAUAAGGCUGUCAUCUGGGAGUUGCUGCCCAAGUUGGGGCUGCACCCUGGGGUAAGGCACUCACUCUUUGGGGAGGUGAGGAAGCUCAUCACAGACGAGUUUGUGAAGCAGAAGUAUCUGGAAUACAAGAGGGUCCCCAACAGCAGACCACCUGAAUAUGAGUUCUUCUGGGGCUUGUGCUCCUACCAUGAGACUAGCAAGAUGAAAGUUCUCAAGUUUGCAUGCAAGGUGCAGAAGAAAGACCCCAAGGACUGGGCCGUGCAGUACCGGGAGGCAGUGGAGAUGGAAGUCCAAGCUGCAGCUGUGGCUGUAGCUGAGGCUGAGGCCAGGGCUGAGGCAAGAGCCCAAAUGGGGAUUGGAGAGGAAGCUGUGGCUGGGCCCUGGAAUUGGGAUGACAUGGAUAUCGACUGCCUAACAAGGGAAGAGUUAGGUAAUGAUGCUCAGGCCUGGGGCAGAUUUUCACUUGAAAUUGAGGCCAGAGCCCAAGAAAAUGCAAAUGCCAGCACCAACAUUGACUUCAGCAGAGGAGCUAGCACCAGGGCUAGCUAUAGCGAUGGUGCUAGUAUUAGCUUCAGUGGUGUCCCCAGCCCCAGUAAUGUCUUUGGUGAUAGGGCUGGCAUUAGCUUUGGUGGAACAUGCAGCACCAGUGCCAGCUUCAGCAGCGUAGCCAGCAUUUGCUUUGGUGGCACACCCAGCACUUGCUCCACUUCCAGUGGUGGAGCCAGCAUUAGCUUUGGUGGUGCAGCCAGCACCAGCUCUAGUUUCAGCAGUGAAGCCAGCAUUAGCUUUGGUGGCACACCUUGCACCAGUACCAACUUCAGUGGUGGGGUCAGCUCUAGUUUCAGUGGCCCACUCAACACCAGUACAAGUUUCAGUGGUGGAGCCAGCUCUGGUUUUGGAGGCAUACUCAGUACCCCUGCUGGCUUCAGUGAUGCACUCAGUAUGAGCACCAGCUUUGGCAGUACACUCGGCACCAGUGCAGUCUUUAGUGGUGCACUUAGCACCAGCACUGGCUUUGGUGGCACACUCAGCACUAGUGUCUACUUUGGUGGCUCUCCCAGUUCCAGUGCCAGAUUUGGUGGCAAACUCAGUACCAGUAUCUGCUUUGGUGGCUUUCCUAGCACCAGCACUGGUUUUGAUGGUGUACUCAGUACCAGUGUCUCCUUUGGUAGCUCUUUCAGCAAUAGCACUGAAUUUGGUGGUACACUAAGCACCAGCUUCUGCUUUGGUGAUUCUCCCAGCACUAGUGCCAGCUUUGGUGGUACACUCAGCACCAGUCUUGGCUUAGGUGGUGCACUCAACACCAGUGCUGGUUUUAGCAGUGCUGUCAGCAUUAGCAUUGCCUUCAACAGUGCACCCAGCGCCAACUCUGGCUUUGGCAGUGUGUUCAGCACCAGUACUGACUUCAGUGGGGCACCUAACACCACUACUGACUUUGGCAGUGCUCCCAGUACAAGCAUUGGCUUUGGUGGAGCCCCCAGCACCAGAUUCUGCUUUGACAGUGUGUCUAACACCAACCUAUGUUUUGGUGGCCCUCCUAGUACAAGCACCUGCUUUAGUGGUCCUACGAGUGCCAGUUUUGGUGAUGGACUCAGCACCAGUGCUGGUUUCAGCUUUUGUGACAGGUUAAGCACCAGCACAGGAUUUGGUGGUGGACUGAGCACCAACUCUGGCUUUGGUGGUGGACUGAUCUCCAGUGAUAUCUUUGGUGGUAGGCUGGGCACCAAUGCUGGUUUUGGCAGCACACUUGGCACCAGUGCUGACUUUAGUAGUGGCCUCAGCAUCAGUGAUGGCUUUGGCGGUGGGCCUAAUACCAGCUUCGAUGGAAGACUGAGCACCAUCAUUGGCUUUGGCAGUGGUUCCAACACCAGCACUGGCUUUACUGGUGAACCCCACACCAGCACCGGCUUUAUUGGUGGACCCACUUCCAUUGUUGGCUUUGGCAGUGGACUGAGCACCGAUGCUGGCUUCAACGGUGGACCAAGCAGUAGUGCUGGCUAUGGCAGUGGACUGAGCAAUGCUGCUGGCUUUAGUGGUGGAGCCACCAGCCUUGGUGCCUGUAGCUUCUCCUAUGGCUAGUGAGGUUUCAGAUUUAUAUCGCAUGUUUACAGAUACCGCUAAUGAAUUGCAGCAGUCCUUCCCAUGGAGCCAAGGUACAUCCUUGGAAUCUUUGUCCACACAGCAAUCUAAGCAGAUAUUACCAAUCAGCUGAGGGUGACAUACUAUGAAAAAAUCUGUUUGCCAAUCCUGCUUUGUUGUUUGCUUUCUGUGUCUUGUCAUAUUUGAUAUGAGUGACAUUAAAUUUGAAAAAUGAA